AUGCCAGUCUGUGCAUUGCAUCUUGUGCGUCUCAAUGACGCUUCCUCGUCGGGUAUCGAUUCCUUCCUCUAUCGCCUGUUUGGCGGGCAGCCGGACGAUGCCAACUUUGGCGUUGUGACGGUGAGCCGGGUGCAGUCGCCCAUCAUCCGUCCGACGCGCAUCGACACGACGCUGCUCAAUGCGACACCUUGGACGCUGCUGCUUGUCGCCAGCGGCUCCAACGCGCAUGUGCUGCCGACACAUCUCGAGCAUGACGUCCGAGCGCACUACUCGGUCGUGGCCGGUAUCCCGUCCAAAAUCGUCACCAACUACCACACCAUCUCGUCAAAGCUGCGCGAUGUGCAGCCGCCACCUCCUUUGCUCGAGGUCAAACUUGACCACAACAACGAUGUCAUUCCGCCACCAUCUUUCUCACGCGAUGCCCGAAGCGACGGACAGGACCUCAGCCUCUCGCCCGCCCUCCUCGACCUCGCUCGCCACCUCUACCACAACGUCAAGCACCACGGCGCAGUCUCCAUGCUCAACCUCCUCCACUUCCACACCGCACCCGGAGCUGUAGAGUCGUACCACGAAUACGGUCGUCGAUUCGCCACCGUCGCCGGCAGACGCGGCGGCAAUGCCAAGCUUGUAGGCGUCGUCAUCAGCCCACUCUCCCAAGGCCUUGCCGACUCGAGGGGUCAGCCGCAGCGAAGCAAAGACGAUUGGUGGAACGAGUGCACCCUCGUACACUAUCCGUCCAUCAAUCAUUUCAUCGACAUGUCCAUCGACCCGGAAUACCAGCAUAUCAACCAACACUACCGCCUCUCGGCCAUCAAGGAUACCGCCCUCAUCUGCACCACCGAGAUCGACCUCGCUCCUUUCCGUUCCCCCGGCCACAAGCUGUAA